CGGCUGCACUCCAGUUCAGUAGGUGGCGGUAAAGCAAUCUCUACGUUGAUUUGCCAACAGCCAUAAAACAAGAACUCCACGCGACGGAAGUACAUAGCUUUAGUGCGGGUAGCGUUUCUUUUUUUUAAAGCUAUUAACUGGGUGAAAUGAGUUUAUUCGGGACGAGCACGGGCUUUGGGUCCGGUGGAACGGGUGUUUUUGGAAGUGCUUCCACAGAUAGUCAUAAUCCAAUGAAGGAUGUUGAAGUGACAUCGCCACCCGAUGACAGCAUAAGUUGUUUAGCUUUCAGUCCUCCUACAAUGCCUGGAAACUUUCUAAUUGGAGGCUCGUGGGCCAAUGAUGUGCGAUGCUGGGAGGUUCAAGAUAAUGGUCAAACUGUCCCUAAAGCACAGCAGAUGCACACAGGUCCAGUGCUGGAUGUGUGCUGGAGUGAUGAUGGUAGUAAGGUAUUUACAGCCUCCUGUGACAAAUCCGCUAAGAUGUGGGAUCUGAACAGCAAUCAAGCCAUACAGAUAGCACAACAUGAGGGCCCAAUCAGGACAAUUCAUUGGAUAAAAGCCCCAAACUACAGCUGUAUCAUGACUGGCAGCUGGGACAAAACACUGAAGUUUUGGGAUACACGUUCCCCAAAUCCAAUGAUGUCUCUGCAAAUGCCAGAGAGAUGUUACUGUGCAGAUGUGGUGUAUCCUAUGGCUGUAGUGGCCACUGCAGAACGUGGUCUUAUUGUAUACCAGUUGGAAAAUCAGCCCUCAGAGUUUCGACGUAUUGAUUCACCUCUGAAGCAUCAGCAUCGUUGUGUGGCUAUCUUUAAAGACAAGCAGAAUAAGCCUACUGGUUUUGCACUGGGCAGCAUUGAAGGACGAGUUGCCAUUCACUACAUAAACCCACCCAACCCAGCCAAGGACAAUUUUACCUUUAAGUGUCACAGGUCAAAUGGAACUAACACUGCCACACCUCAAGAUAUUUACGCUGUGAAUGCUAUCUCCUUUCACCCUGUCCAUGGUACUUUGGCGACAGUAGGCUCUGAUGGCCGCUUCAGUUUCUGGGAUAAAGAUGCUCGCACUAAGCUGAAGACCUCUGAACAAUUAGAUCAACCAAUAACAGCUUGUUGCUUCAAUAACAAUGGGAACAUAUUUGCUUAUGCUUCCAGCUAUGACUGGUCUAAGGGACAUGAAUACUACAAUCCCCAGAAAAAGAAUUACAUCUUCUUGAGGAAUGCAGCUGAGGAACUGAAGCCUCGGAACAAGAAAUGAUUCAUCAAGCUUCAUCAUUUGGAAGACCUGCAUUAGUGUGUGUAUAUAUGGGAAAAAGGCAGAAGCACCCUCAUUUGACUUGCAUCUGGACCAAUGGCAAUGCAACUUUUAUGGACCAAUGAGAAGGGCCCAACUGUUUAUAAGUAAUGGUUGUGAGAAGUGGCUUUUGAGACAUGCUUCAGAUUUAAGAUGUCAUUUUUCAGUAUUCUUGGUGUAAUUUGAUGUGCUAUUUUCUUUCUUCAUGAAAGUCUUUUAUUUUUAAUACUACCUUUCAAGAAGAAAAUGCAUUUUCAUCUCAAUUUUGCUUUGUCUGCUUGUUGUAGAAUCUGAUUGUGUAACCAACAAUAAAUCUGUCUAGAGCUUUGCCUGCA